GAAAGUAGUACAUUAUAAAAAUUGUAAUUUCUUAAAUUUCCGUUAAGUAUUACAAAGUCACGAGCUCGCUCGCUUAUCAAUGCUGCGCCAUUAACUACGGGUAUGUCGUAACGCGAUUUGAUCUACUUUGUUAUAAAUAAAGUACUAAUAUUUUAGUCUCAGUCUAUUCUGCAUCCUUACAAGUCGCAAGAUUUUUUAAUAUGGAAGCAAGAAUCGUUGAUUAUAUUGCUAGAAAGGAAAUAAAAGAACUUGGUCUAUUUCUUGAUACCGUUGACUUACAAGAAAUAAAAAAGUUAGUGAUAAAUAUAUUAAAAGAUGAUUCAAAGUUCUAUAACGAAAAUGUUACGGGAUGUUUCGCAAUAGUAUGUGCACUUUUUAAAGCUUUAGCAAUAGAUGAUAUAAAAAGUGAGAAAAAUGCUCUUGAGGAUAGGAACGGAAAACGUGGCACAAUUAUUCAUGAAAUUGUUAGAUGGUUAAUUGAAAAAGGAUGUGACACUUCGUCUUUUUUUGAUAAAGUAAUAUCAGAUUUAGUAGGAAUAUGUGUUAACGAGAUCGCUGUUGGUACCACUGAUUCCCCCGUAAUGAUUGGAGUUUUUGUAGAGAUCACUACAUGUAUUAUACAUGCUAUCCAACGCGGGAAUUCCUUGCAUGGAAAGUUAUUUUCAUUCUUACCAGCAUUAUUAUCCGCCUUUGAUUCUUGUAAUGAAGUAGUGACAUUACCUUCCGGUCAAAAUUCAACUGGUCAUUCUAUGUCCGGUCAAGAUUAUAAAAAUUACGUGCUAAAUAAAUUAUGCAAUACUAAAUGGCACGCAAAUAAUGUCCUAAGUUUGGCCGGAGAAUUUCGUGAUAUUACAAUGUCUAAUGAGCAGUUAAAUUUUGCGGUAGAAAAAAUUAUGAGUCAUUUUGAUGCGAUGGACAUCAAUGGAGUUCCCCCUCUUAUUUAUCAGAUGCUAUUACUUUCUAGAAAGGGACAAAAACGUUUAAUCUUGCAAGGAAUUACAGAAUUUUUUAACAGACUAGAUGAUGAAAUAAAUUGUAAUCAAGAUGACGAUACAAAUGAAUAUAAAAAUAACAAUUCCGUCGAUAAGUUAUCAUUUUCGCAAUUGAGCCACAUGGAAGGCACAGUAAUUAUCCAUAUUUGUUUCGCGAUUACUCAGGAUCAGGAAUUAGGGAAUGAAUUCAUUAAAUAUAUGAAAUCGGGUAAAACUUCAUCCUUGAAAUCAUUUAGCAUCGCUUGUUUGUUGUCAAUUGCGAGGAUACAUCGAUUUGAAGACCAGGCUCUUGAUUUUCUCAAGACGUCAAUAUUAACGGUUUUUAAAGAUAUGGAAAAGUUGGAAAAGACAAAAUGGAUAACCAAAGUCGAUAUUUCAGAAAUCAUUUCUUCAUUACCAUUAAUUGACCUUUUCCAAAAUAUAAUACGAAAGACAUCGUUUGGAUGGGAUCAGGUCACACAAAGUUUGGUACAAUUAGGAAUUAUUUUGAUGGAUUUAGCAGUUCCUUCUGAUACAACAAGGAGCAAAAAGGGAAUGUCAACUACGACAAGUAUGGUUAAAGAUUUAGGAACAAAAAUUUUACUAGAAAUGUUCAAAAUUCAUGAUAUGGUCCGUGCAGAAAUAUUAGACCAGAUUCAGUCUCGAAUUAUUUCUAAAUCAUCAAGUGUUGAGUAUUUUCUGGGUUUAUUGGAAUUGAUUGUAAAAGAGACCCCCGAAUUUAUUUAUAACUAUAUUGCCAGGAUCAAAGGGACACUCGAAUAUUUAACAUUUUUAUCCGUCACAACAGCUGAUAAUCUAUUGAAAGCAAUACAGCCACUACUUUAUACAAACCAAUCACUUCGUGAUGGACUAAUGGUUAUUCUACGAAAAGGUUUAUUUACGAAAGAAUUGGAAGGGCGUCAAAUUGCGUUGAUCGGAUAUUUGAGACUGUUGAAAAUGCAAGCGAUACAUAAUCGCGAAAUAUGUCCAAGGUCUCAAAUGUCGUCUGAUGUAAUACUCAGUGAUAAUCGGACCGCCCUUUCUUUUGAAAUCAUAGGUAAUCUACGCAAGUGUUUUAGUCAACAACCACAACUUAGGCUUUCUUUAUAUGAAGGUUUGCUAGAAUUGAUGGAUAUUCAUCAAUGUGAUAACCCAAUAUUCCCGAUAAUCUUUGACAUUUUAUACUCGCAUUUCCAAAAAUUUUUUGAAUUGAGAUCAUCACUGUAUGCGACAUUUCACAUCGAAAAUUGUAUAGAAACUUCAAAUGGUGAACCACAUAUUCUUGAGCCUUUACCUUAUUUAUUGGCUUGUUUAAGCAAAUCGAUUGCCACUUUUAAUAAAACCAUCGAGGGCAAUGAAGGAAAUUCCAAGUUUAAUGGGGCUCAACUUGAAGAAAGUAAAAUGAAAUUGAAAACAUUGAUCGAGCAAUUAAUACAUUCAGACAUGUCUGAAUUCAUGAUUUAUCCGAAUGCUGAUUUCAGGAUGAGUUCCAAAGAGGGUAGUCGUAAUAAUAUGUGUGCCUCUAUUCUACUUGGAAUGUAUGAGGCGGCUAUCGAGCAUACCUUUUUGGCCUCUGAACACACUUCACAAUCAUCAGAGAUUAUUUUAAGGUUAUUCAAAAGAUAUACGGCGUUAUUUGAAGUUCUAAAAGAGAAAUCAGCAAACGCUCGAGGCCGUAAGACAGUAACUUCUAUUACAGAGAACUCGAUCUUAAGCUUCAAAUGUAUUACUGAACUUUGUAAAUUCACUCUCCAAGAUAUUGAUGAUACGGAGAUUGAUGCUACAAAUUCUGUAUUGAGGGCCGAUGCAGGAUUUGUAAAAUAUAUUACUGCGGUAGCUCAUAACAAAAUAUCUCAGAUAAUGUCGAACUUUAAUCCCGAAGAUGAAAAAACAUUUGGUUAUUGUACGUCCUUAGCACAAGUGUUUAUGAAUGAAUUUAUUAAAAGCAACAAAGCAAGCGUUGCUACACGUCAAGAUAAUAAUAGCAAGAAGGAUAGGGGGAAAUCCGUUUUUACAAUUGCAAUUGAGAGCUUAGCGUUAUUAAUCCAAGCAGUGUCGUUUUGUUGGCCAGACAAGUUAAUUGACUUCUUAGCUCUAUCUUAUCCACCCGAGCUUGCAAAUGAAGUAAUUCCAAAUGAUUUAAAUGGAUGGCUAGAUUUAUAUAUUCGAGAAUUUGAGCAAUUAUUCAUCAUUUCACUUAGUGAAAGAAUUCCUCAUAUAAAGGAAGCAUUGGGAUUAUUUCAAACAAUAACUUUAUUAUCAUCUCAUUUCACUGAUUCGAUUGAUAUUUCUGAAUCGCAUGGGCAUUUGGAACAAUUGGUUACUUGGCUUAGAGCAUUAUGUAAAGAACGUGUUAUCGAAGACACUAUUCUUGCCAAAAAUAUUAUUAGUCUUUUAAUAAAAUUGGAGAAGGAUAUGCCGGACUUUGAGACUAGCGCAGAAAUAGCUCAUGAUAUGUUGUCUGUGUUAGGUGAUAUCAAUGGCAAUGCAGACGGAAAUGAAGUGAAUCCUAAUUUCGUUAUCGUCAAUCCGAGAACUAGUGGUAUAAUAUGCAACAUCUUAAUAGGGUCUAUAGAAAAUAUGUAUGAAGAAAUAGAAUGGUUCUUGACCCGAAUGAAGUUGAUAUGCAGCGUAAAAGAUAAAGAUCUUAAUCGUGAGAAAGUUAACAUGACAGAUGUUGAACAAAUAAUAUGCUCAAGAUUAACUACAAUAAUAAACACUAUGAUAUAUAUGGAACAAACAUCACUCCAAGACUCGUCUUCUGAACAAUUAAUUAAAUGUCUACAGAAAACUUAUAAAGUCAUGAUAGCAUUAAUUAAAUAUAAAAUUGCUGAGGGAGGCGAGAUUCUCAAACAUUUCAUAGACCUGAUAGAAUUAACCGGGUUGAAAUUGACAGAAAACUUAUACAGUUUACUUUUAGCAUUUGGUUCAAAACCAGAAAUAAACCGGAUACAAUUAGGUAAAAAGCGUAAGCCUAAGACUAAACCAACAACGCAAAAGGCACGAAUCGCUAGGGAAUCCAAGAUAAUACCCGAUUUAAUUUUCCUCUUAGAACAAUAUGAACGUUAUUUAAUUCAACUAACGAAGAAGUCUAAAGUUGAUUUGACGCAGUAUAUUAAAAGAGCUACUAAUCGAGAUUUUAAAAUAAAAACGGAUUUGAUGGAUGAGAACGAUAAAAAUUCGAAGCCUACGAGUCAGGAAGAAGUUGAGGAAAUUGAAGGCGAAGAUAAUAACGAAGAAGUUGUUUUAAGAAGCCGUCAAACUAAACGUCGUAGAUCUUAAACUCCUGAGCAUUAAAAAAUUACUUGUUGUAUACAUAUAAUAGAAUUACUUAUAUUGAUACAAGAUUAAAAAGUUAAUAUCUGUAUGCCUAAUACAAUAUAUAUUAGAGUUUCAGAAUAUAACAAAGGCAAUAAUUACUUUUAUGUUAAUACUAAAACAAUUUCUUUUUGACUUACGAUCAACCUUAAUUUCUAUUCUUUCAAUAAAUUAAGAUGUAAGAGUAGCAUUCUUAUUUUAAGAGAUUCCUGUUUCCCAUACUCUAUAAUUAAGUGGAAGAAUAAAAAUUACAAAUUUGUUACAAGAUCACUCGAAAAUCUUAUACUACUAACAUUUCAUAGUAGUUAUUUUAAUUAUAAUGACCACCGUAGAACUAAUAACAAUCCUCGUAUUAGCUCUCUUCGUAGUAAAUCAAUGUACUCGCUAGAAAAAUAAAAGUAUUUUGAGAUAU